AUGCCUGCCUUAUUUUUCUUUCCUUUCUUUUCUUUCUUUUCCCACGUGCUGACACCUUACGAAACAAGGUUACAUCUAGACGACAUGGGCCAAGGGGGUGAUCCAAAGAGGGCCAGAGCUCGAUGGUGCACAAACGGCUCGCGGGAAACAAACGUGGUUGGCGAGGAACGGCACGGCAGUUGGGGGCGGCGGCGGGCUCCAAUAUCACUAGCGAAGCGAGCCCCGGGCGGGAAAAGCAGAUGUGGCUUGCGGAAGAUCGAAAGAAAAGAAGCCACUUGGGCUAGCGAUGGAUGCCAUCGUCCCAAGUCUGUGCAAGCCCGUGCUUCAUUAAAGGGUUUGGUGGUUCGUUUCUUCAAAUAG